CAACUCCUGCUCUCAUUGGAUCCUUUUCAUCAAAUGACUGUUUAAAAUCUUUGGACUUCAUUAUAGAACAAUUUAUAUCCCAAAGUGAAAAUGAGUGCAUUAAUCGGGAAAGUGAUUUAAGUCAUGCAAAUUUAUGAAAGUGUCUCAUCAUAUCUGUGAGCUAAAGGAUAAAAACUGAAUAGACUAAUUCUAUUCUGCUUCUUUUUAAAAUCAAAAGAAUUCCAUCUUGAAAGAAAAAUAACUUUUACUCAAUAUGUAUUUUAUGAAAAUAAAGGAGAGAGACAAGAACAGAAUUAAAGGGAAAUAGAAGAUGCAUAAUAAAUAAGCAGUCAACUCUUCUGAAGAGGAUAACUCAAUAAUGUUAAAUGCUGUGCAAAACCCUGGUUGUGGUCCUAACGACAAGAUUCUUUUUUGAUGGGACCAGUGCUAAGGGACUUACUUACCAUACUGUGUACCCAAUUCAUUGUUAUAGAACUUGUAGCCAUUGGCAUGAAUGACUUAAAAAAGGAGCUUUUAACUAUUAGUAAAGGUGCAGUCACUUUUUUUAUCACUGUGAUUUUAAAAGCUUCAUAAGUUUUUUUUAAAAUUGAUAGCUAUUUUAUAAAAUUAAAGAAAGGCAGAUGUCCGCAAACAGUUCUCCUCCAUCAGCCCAGAAGUCUGUAUUACCUGCAACUCUUCCUGCUGUGCUUCCAAGUCCUUCUCCAUGUUCAAGUCCUAAGACUGGGCUCUCUGCCCGACUGUCCAAUGGAACCUUCAGUGUGCAGUCGUCACUCACCAACUCCAGGGGCUCAGUGCACACAAUUUCAUUCCUACUGCAAAUUGGCCUUACACGGGAGAGUGUUACCAUUGAAGCCCAAGAACUGUCUUUAUCAGCUGUCAAGGAUCUUGUGUGCUCCAUUGUUUAUCAAAAGUUUCCAGAGUGUGGAUUUUUUGGCAUGUAUGAUAAAAUUCUCCUCUUUCGCCAUGACAUGAACUCAGAAAAUAUUUUGCAGCUGAUUACCUCAGCCGAAGAAAUACAUGAAGGAGACCUAGUAGAAGUUGUUCUUUCAGCUUUGGCUACAUUAGAAGACUUCCAGAUUCGUCCACAUACUCUCUACGUACAUUCUUAUAAAGCUCCUACUUUUUGUGAUUAUUGUGGUGAGAUGCUGUGGGGAUUGGUACGUCAGGGACUGAAAUGUGAAGGCUGUGGAUUAAAUUAUCAUAAACGAUGUGCCUUCAAGAUUCCAAAUAACUGUAGUGGAGUAAGAAAGAGACGCCUGUCAAAUGUAUCUCUGCCAGGACCCGGCCUGUCAGUCCCAAGACCUCUACAGACUGAAUGUGUAAUCCCUUCCAAUGAAGAGUUACAUAUUCACCAAGAACCAAGUAAGAGAAUUCCUUCUUGGAGUGGUCGCCCAAUCUGGAUGGAAAAGAUGGUGAUGUGCAGAGUGAAAGUCCCACACACGUUUGCUGUCCACUCUUAUACCCGCCCCACAAUAUGUCAGUACUGCAAGCGGUUACUCAAAGGCCUCUUUCGACAAGGAAUGCAGUGUAAAGAUUGCAAAUUUAACUGCCAUAAACGUUGUGCAUCUAAAGUACCCAGAGACUGCCUUGGAGAGGUCACUUUCAAUGGAGAACCUUCUAGUCUGGGAACUGAAUCAGAUAUACCAAUGGACAUUGACAGCAGUGACAUAAAUAGUGAUGGCAGUAGGGGCCUGGAUGACACGGAAGAACCUUCUCCUCCAGAAGACAAAAUGUUCUUCCUGGAUCCAUCUGAUCUUGAUGUGGAAAGAGAUGAAGAAACUGUUAAAACAAUCAGUCCAUCAACAAGCAAUAAUAUUCCACUAAUGAGAGUUGUACAGUCUAUCAAGCACACAAAAAGGAAGAGCAGCACAAUGGUGAAGGAAGGCUGGAUGGUGCAUUACACCAGCAGGGACAACCUGAGAAAGAGGCAUUACUGGAGACUUGACAGCAAGUGUCUAACGCUGUUUCAAAAUGAAUCUGGGUCAAAGUAUUAUAAGGAAAUCCCACUUUCUGAGAUUCUCCGUGUAUCUUUGCCAUGUGAUUUCACAAACAUUUUACAAGGCAGCAACCUGCACUGUUUUGAGAUCAUCACUGAUACCAUGGUAUACUUUGUGGGUGAGAACAAUGGGGACUGCUCUCACAAUCCGGUUCUUGCUGCCACUGGAGUUGGACUUGAUGUAGCACAGAGCUGGGAAAAGGCAAUCCGUCAAGCUCUCAUGCCUGUCACCCCUCAAGCAAGUGUUUGUACUUCUCCUGGGCAAGGGAAAGAUCACAAAGAUUUGUCUACCAGUAUCUCUGUAGCUAAUUGUCAGAUACAAGAGAACGUGGACAUCAGUUCCGUUUACCAGAUCUUUGCAGAUGAGGUGCUUGGUUCAGGCCAGUUUGGCAUUGUUUAUGGAGGAAAACAUAGAAAGACUGGAAGGGAUGUGGCUAUUAAAGUUAUCGAUAAGAUGAGAUUCCCCACAAAACAGGAAAGUCAGCUCCGUAAUGAAGUGGCUAUUUUACAGAAUUUGCACCAUCCUGGAAUUGUAAACCUGGAAUGUAUGUUUGAAACCCCAGAACGAGUCUUUGUGGUCAUGGAAAAGCUGCAUGGAGACAUGUUAGAGAUGAUCCUGUCCAGUGAGAAAAGUCGGCUUCCGGAGCGGAUUACUAAGUUCAUGGUCACACAGAUACUUGUUGCCCUGAGGAAUCUGCAUUUUAAGAAUAUUGUGCACUGUGAUCUAAAGCCUGAAAAUGUGCUGCUUGCCUCAGCAGAGCCGUUUCCUCAGGUGAAGCUGUGUGACUUCGGUUUUGCCCGAAUCAUUGGUGAGAAGUCCUUCAGGAGGUCUGUGGUAGGAACUCCAGCGUACCUGGCGCCUGAAGUUCUCAGGAGCAAAGGCUACAACCGCUCUCUGGAUAUGUGGUCAGUGGGUGUCAUAGUCUACGUGAGCCUCAGUGGCACAUUUCCUUUCAACGAAGACGAAGACAUAAAUGACCAAAUCCAGAAUGCUGCCUUUAUGUACCCCCCAAAUCCAUGGAGAGAAAUUUCUAGUGAAGCGAUUGAUCUGAUAAACAACCUACUUCAGGUGAAGAUGAGAAAACGCUAUAGUGUUGACAAAUCUCUUAGUCAUCCCUGGCUCCAGGACUAUCAGACUUGGCUUGAUCUUCGAGAGUUUGAAACUCGCAUUGGAGAACGUUAUAUUACACAUGAAAGCGAUGACGCCCGCUGGGAAAUACACGCAUACACGCACAACCUCAUCUACCCAAAGCACUUCAUUAUGGCUCCCAACCCAGAUGAUAUGGAAGAAGAUCCUUAGAUAGCAGAAGAGCUGACAGCUGUCGGGAUGGAUUUCAUUUUAUGAACUGACACUCGGCUGAACCAUUCUUGUUCUUUGUAGGUUGUCGUCUGCAAGCGUGCAAAGACCCAGAGAAACAUACGGAGCCGGUGACACCUGUACUGUGGUUCUUACCGAGCAGGUACAGGAAGGUGAUCUGAGUAAUGAGACCCAUAAUGGAAUGGAAGUAAAACCGGUCAUAGCAUUUGUAAUAGAAGCAGUCACUUUUUAAAAAAUCCUUCACUUAAUACAGUAGUGGCACUUAAUUUAUCUUCCCUCUCCUGUUACUACAUUAUUUUAUGGAAAAAACAAAAGCAAGAUGGGAUCCAGUUAUUAUAUGCAAGAGAUGCAAGAUUAGUUACUGGGAGGUUUGCACUGAAAGUCUACCAGUGUUACUCAGGCUUCAAGCAUUUAUGAAAAUGCUCACAGAACAUUGUGUUUCUUAGGGUCUAGGAAAGGCGGUGGGGGCGGGCUGGGCUGUUUUACCUCCCCCUGCUACUCAGCCCCACAGACCAGUCAAGAUGCUCAAACAGUGGUCCAUAACACCCUUUGCUCAGCAAGUGCAGAUCCAGACUCACACAGUCUACUUUACACAUGAGAAAUCAGGCCAGUGCAGGGUCAGGUAAGGCUACAGGAAAGAAGAACAGAUGUCACCUCUUAGGCUUCACUUCACCUAUGGGAGACUUGACAGAUACCUGGAAACUGGGGGCAGGAGCAGGAAAAUGUGUAAGGAAGGAGCUAUGUUAAAGCAGAGGAAAGGAAAGAAUGAAAUCUGUUUUUAACAUUGCAACUCCAGAAGCCAGCAAAAGAAAUUUUUUUCUGACUCUGAAAAUACUCAGUUUUUGAGGCAAGACUUUUUAAUAACUCUUUACAAUGGUUACUAAAUUUAAAAAAUAAAUCAAAUUCACUGCUAUCAAGUCAGUUUUGACUCAUAGCAACCUUUGAG